AUGACCGGCAAGCUUUUGUCCAAGUGGGACUCCAGAAACGUGGGUUUUGGCUGCAGCCACGCAACGCAGGGCUAUGGUCUGGGACUGGCCAUUGCCUGCGGUGAUGCCUCAGAGGUCGGGGUCAUGGCACGCCUCAGCAUGGAGAGACGUCCGCCCAGCCGAGUGGGAAAGCAUCUUCAGCAGGUAACCUACUACGCGAUCGUGUUAGGUAUUUUUCUGUUCUUCGUGGUGCUGUUCACCUUAUCGGCGGACAAACAGUCCAUGAUCACCACGUCCCAAGUGAACACGUGCCUGGCGAUUGCCCUGAUCCCGCUCUUCUUGCCCAGCCUCCUGUACCUGGGUCUGGUGCGGACGCAGAGGAUUCUAAAGGAGAAGGAAUACUACGUGCGGAACCUGGAGGCAGUCAGCACUUUAGGGCUGUCCACAGUGAUCUGCGCGGACAUGAGGGGCACAAUGACCAUGCAGCAGAUGCGUGUGUCGGAGAUAUUCGUGGAUGCGGAUCUGCUGCGGGUGCAGAACCUGAACCUAGAGGAGGUGGGGCCGCGAUUCAUAGAGCUCAUCCGAUCCUCGCUACUGUGCAACGAUGCAGUGUUCUGUCCGGGCUCGGUAGGAGUGCCCGUGGAAAAGAAGAGCAUCUACGGGAGCAGCUAUGACAGUGCUCUGCUCAAGUUCGGUCUCACCUUCAUUCCCAACGUGGACCAGCUGCGUUGCGACCACGAGAAGGUGGCCAACUUGAGCUACAACAGCAUCGACCACGUCCACGUGACAGUGCACAAGAUCCGGCUCGAGAACGGCGGGUCGCGCCACAUCCUCCUGAUGAAGGGAUACGCUGACGUGGUACUCAGCCACUGCUCGACCUACGCGGUGAGUGACGAGGAGCUGCUGCUGGACGAGCCGCUCAAGCAAACCAUUGGAAAUCUGUCCACCAGGCUGAUGGAGGCGGGACGGCAUGUUCGCGCCUUCGCCUACAAGGAGAUCCUCUCUGACGUGGAGCGCCGCCGCUUUUCCCAAGUAAACUUGGGCCGUGACAGCACUCCAGGCAGGUACAGGGAUUUCCUGUCCGUGAACAUAUUUUCACUGAGGUUCCUUGGCUUGAUCGCCACCCACAAUCCGCCCCACGCGAACAUCGCACAAAGCGUGUUCAAGUGUCGCUCCGCUGGCGUCAAGCUGGUGAUCAUUACCCGUGCCAAGGCCACCUUCGCCCGUGCCCUGGCCAUGAGCGUGGGCAUAAUUGCACCACCUACAAGUGACGGCGUCGACAUCCCUGACUCGUCGAUGAAGCGCCACCAGGUCAGUGCUGCUGUCGUCAGCAUGGAUGAGUACGUGGAGCACAAGAUGCACCACCAGCGAUGGAAGGUGGAGCAGCUCCUGCUCGCCCACCCCCAGUUGGUGUUCGCAAUGGUUAACGUGGAGCAGAACCACAUGAUAGUUGAGACCUGCCAGCGGCUGGGUGCCGUGGUCACCAUCAUGGGAUACUCCGUGCACGACACGCCCGCCCUGCGUCGCGCCCAUGUGGGGGUGGCCAAGUCUGGCUGCUCGACCACGAGCCACUUCGGCGCCGACAUCCUCCUGACGGACAGCCCCUUCUCUAAGCUAGUGGCUGCCAUCGAGGUGAGUCGCCUGCUGUUCGAAAACACGAAGAAGGCACUGGCUUACUGUCUGGCCACAAACACGGCCCUGAUCCUGGUGCACGUGUCCUUCUUCCUGGUCAAGAUCCCACUCCGCAUAUUCGUCAUGCAAGUGUUUAUCAUAUCUAUAUUCGUGAACUUGCUGCCUGGCCUGACCCUGCUCUUCGAGAGGGCCGAGGAGAAGCUGAUGAAGCAGAAGCCAAAGAUCUUCGACGACUUCCUGUUCAACAGACGCUUGCUCUUUGUGUCCUGCAUCCUGGUGGGUAUCAUCGAGGCUGCGGCUGUCUUUCUCAUGUACUUCCUGUUUAUGGCCCGCAACGGCUUCCUGCCCAGAACUUUGGUCGGCCUCAAUUUUAAGUGGUAUGACGAAACGGUCACAGACAUAACUGAUUCGUAUGGCCAGGAAUGGAGUCCGAAGUCUCGCCAGCGCUUGGACUGUCAAGUAUCCGCCAUUUGCCUGAUGACCCUCGCUGCGAUGCAGUGCACCAAUCUAAUGUUGACCAGGACCGGACGUGCCAAUCUGCUAAGUCAUGGAUUUUCCAACGUUUGCCUGAACCUGGCCAUCGUUUAUUUGAUUUGCCUUUGCGUGCUCGUUCCCCACGUGGAUUUUCCCCACUGCCUCCGUCUGGUUGGGGGCACAGAAUUGGUCUUCUUCUGGUGGUACAUAUGGCCUCUGGUCUCGUUGCUAGCGUUCCUCGAAACCGCCCGGCGAUACCUCCUCAGGCGAUUCCCUGGAAGCUGGCUGGAGCUGGAGACUUUUUACUAAACGUAGCAGCAUCUAGGAUAAAUGCAAAUGCGAACAAAAUAUGAAGUAUGCGCUUAAUGUUUCAUCCUUCCCGUCUUCCCUCUACUGUUGUCUGUGUUGAAAAAAAGGAAACAACUGGAAAUGUGU